ACAGAAUACUCUGCCUGCCAUUGAUUAAUGAAAGCAACCAAGGAUUGUGAUGGAUAUUACAAUUACAUAUUUUUACUUUUGAUAACUCUUCACUUGUUGAAGACAGGAAGCUAAAAAGUUUAAAACUUGAGGAAUUUCAUCCGUAUCUUGCACCAUCCUCUCUUGCAUAAUCCGAUAGCCUUCCAUCCAUGUCUCAAUAAAGAUUUAAUAUCAUUGCGUUUUACUACCUUCAUUUGAAUAUUGCAAAAAUCAAUCUCCUCUUCCUUUAAUCAAAUCUAACCCUUCCUUCCUUUAUAUCACCAGCGUCCUUUAACCAAGCAACAGAUUUAGUUUUGUUCACUGGCUUCCGCUUGUUGGUUGCGACUUUGGACGGUACUUUUCACUUUGUUAGAGAGGCUCUCCUCCACUCUUGGCUAGCAGAGUUUAGUUUGAUUUGGUUACUUCCACUUGUUGUUGGACGGGCAGGCUUCUCUAUGUUUGGAGAGAACAGUAGCACGCCAAUUUCAUACAACACUAAUCAGCGACAAGGAAAGCAACGUUGGUUGACUUUCGAUCAUCCAAUGAUCUCUCGCCACGUGGGAGCUUCCCAGUAUCGUUUGUCAACUUAUAAAUACGAUGAUGGUGGAUAACACCCGUCAACCGCACCCUCUUCCAAGAACUACCGGUCAGAGCAAGAAGAGGAAAGACUGAUUGGUGAGCUCCCUGUUCAGGUUCAAAUUCUUCCACACUCCUUCAUGGACUCUUCUUCUCCCCCAAUUUUUCAAGAAUGGCAGAGCCAAAUUGGAGUUCGCCUUCCGCCUCCGCCUUCGCCUUCGCCUCUUCAUCUUCGUCUUACAGGGCGGAUUCAGGCGCUGCGGCGUCGUCUUCGGGUACUUCUUCACAUGUGCACGACCAAGAGGAGCAAGAUCAUGAGUAUCCACGCCAGCACCAUUUUCAUAGUCCAGAGCUAGAGAAUCAGCACCUUGGCCUUGUUUCUUAUAGAGGAAACUCAUCCGCUUUCGGUGAUUCAUCAACGGUGAUUAGAGAGGACACGUGGUCUUGUAUCAUCGUGCUUCUCACUUUUUGGUUUUUUGUUUCGAUGACUUUAAUUUUGGGGGUUUACGCGGCAGAGAAUAUACGACUCGGUCCAAAUUGUUCCCUUCUUAUUCAACCAAAUCCUGUUUUUGUUCAGAGUGUAAAGGUGGAGGAGAUGGAUGAUAUCAAGCCAGGGCUUAAACUAUAUGGAUUUUAUAAGUCUCCAUCUCUUGAUGUAGUGACUACCUGGUCUGAAACUUAUACCGCCACUGUUCCGGCUGAUUCUCACAAGGAGUGGAUUCAUUAUCUGAACAAGGGAUCUCAAGUUAAUAUUUCAUAUAAUGUGAACUCUGUUGCCUCCUCUGUUUUCCUUAUAAUUGCUCAAGGUAGUGAGGGCCUUUCUCAAUGGCUUGAGGAACCAACAUAUCCUAACACAACUUUAUCAUGGAACAUUGUUCAUGGAAGCGGUAUGAUUGAGCAGGAUAUAUAUAGAUCUUCAAGUUACUAUAUUGCACUGGGUAAUUUGAACUCAGAGGAUGUGGAGGUGGAAUUGAACUUUACAGUCAGGGCUUUCAUUUACAAUACAACUGAAGCUUACUACGGGUGCACCUUCACUAAUGGGCUAUGUAGCUUGAGUAUCUUGUUUCCUCUAGGAAAUUCAGUCGUCUUGACUUCUCCUGGUCUAGAACAGACUACAUCUGCAGAUGACUGGCCUGUCAGAUUGUCAUAUGGACCGAGAUGGAUUACAUAUAUUGUUGGUAUUGGUGGAAUGACUGCGAUCAUGCUGGUUGUCUUCAACUUCUUAAACAAGUUUCAGUUUACUCGUGAAGAUGAAACAAGUGUUCGUUAUCAGGAGAUUGAUUCCGCAAGAGCCCCUCUUCUUUUACACAAAGAUGAUGAUAUCUCAAGUUGGGGUUCAUCUUAUGAUUCUGUCUCAAGUGAUGAGGCAGAUCUUGAAGACUUUAUAGCAGGUUCUCUUGAAGGGACAUCGAUCAAAGAUGAUGAAAACAGUAACAAUACCCGGAGACUUUGUGCGAUUUGCUUUGAUGCUCCAAGGGACUGCUUCUUCCUUCCAUGUGGGCACUGUGUUGCUUGCUACGCAUGUGGAACUAGAAUAGCAGAGGCUGCUGGAACUUGCCCUAUUUGCCAUCGGAACAUGAGAAAAGUGAGGAAGAUUUUCACAGUAUAAGUAAUAUGCGCACUUUCAGAGCUUGCUUCAAUGAGUUGCAGUAGGUUUUUGAUGAGCAGCUGCCGGUGACGGAUGCCUUACUCAAGUACUAAAUGACUCUCUGAAUGGGUUAUCAGCACAAUCUUUUAAGGAGGAAUGAUUGAGCCAGCCAGGCAUUUUGUUUCCCUUAGUCUGGGUGGCCUUCCCCAUGCACUUACCACUCUCAUUGGUACAUAAUGUCGGAGUACAAGUAGUCAAAGGAUCACAUGGAUGAUUGUUAUUUUAAGGGGCAGCAACGACUGUAAGAUUUUUGCGUUUCUUUUAAAUUGAGACAGUGUACCUUGUAUCCUUCAUUAAUCUUUCUUUCAGCCAUCUCAUAGUAUCUUUUAAAAUCUUUCUGAUGUCCGAGCAUGCUUUUGGUCAAAUUGUGCUGAAUUAUAAUAAAACAUAACAUAUUAAUAAAUUAAAAAUAAAGAUGACUGUAGAUUAGCAUUUUCUUCAUUAACGUACAGUAUGACAGAGGGAGAACAAAGAUUUUGCUUCUACUUGCCGGAGGAAAUGUACUGGUGGGGUUGUAAGAUAGUCAAAAGCAUAGCGACAACUAUCAAGUUUUCAUUCAAUUCACGAUUUGGAAAAAGAAGAAGAAGACAACUUGAAGACGCUUUCCUUUCCUUCGCCAACUUUAGAACGUGGGGAUGAAAAUAAUAUGGGCAUAGAUUGGAAACGAGCGGCAGCCUUUACUGCCUCCCCCGCAGCCUCUUGAUAUCCCCUGUAUUUAGAAAAACAAAGCAAAACCUAUUCAUAAUUUAUUUAUCCCCGUCUUCGGGC